GGAGCCCCCAUUUUGUGGAUCGAUAUAGGUAGAUAGGCGCCACGGCCCGAUCCGAGGGCUCGCUGGAUGCGCAUCGGACGGCGUCGCGCCCUACGUGCUUGGCAAACGCCUCGCCCUGCCUAGAUCCGCCCAGGGUUAGAAGAAUCAUUGUUUAGGGUUUUGUUUGCGGGGCAUCGCUCGCUAGGAUGAACGUGGCGCCAGUGUCGUCAAAUGGCUACGGUCAGCUGGAUGCACAGAUCGCGCAGCUGAUGCAGUGCAAGCCGCUGGUAGAACACGAGGUGCAGGCCCUCUGUGAGAAGGCCAAAGAAAUUUUGAUGGAAGAGAACAAUGUGCAGCCAGUCAAAUGUCCUGUCACAAUUUGUGGAGACAUACACGGCCAGUUCCACGACCUCGCAGAGCUCUUUAGAAUCGGUGGCAAGUGUCCAGAUACAAACUACUUGUUUAUGGGCGAUUAUGUGGAUCGUGGGUACUACUCCGUCGAGACUGCAACUCUUUUGGUCGCGUUGAAGGUCCGGUAUCCAGACCGAAUCACCAUUUUACGAGGGAAUCACGAAAGUCGGCAGAUUACGCAAGUUUACGGUUUUUAUGACGAGUGCCUGCGAAAGUAUGGGAAUGCGAAUGUUUGGAAGAUCUUCACAGAUCUUUUUGACUACUUUCCUUUGACGGCAUUGGUAGAGUCGGAAAUCUUUUGUUUGCACGGAGGGCUUUCCCCUUCGAUAGAUACACUAGAUCACGUGAGGCAGCUUGACCGGGUUCAAGAAGUUCCCCAUGAAGGCCCGAUGUGCGACUUACUAUGGUCGGACCCGGAUGACCGUUGCGGCUGGGGAAUUUCUCCUCGUGGCGCGGGAUAUACUUUUGGACAUGAUAUCUCAGAACAAUUCAACCAUACUAACAACUUAAAAUUGGUUGCAAGGGCCCAUCAACUAGUGAUGGAAGGUUACAACUGGGGUCAUGUAAGUCGUUUAUGGAUUGAUGAUUGGGAUGACAAUUGCUACUGUCGUUGUCAACUUUUGCAGGAGCACAAAGUAGUCACUAUUUUCAGUGCGCCAAAUUAUUGCUAUCGUUGCGGAAAUAUGGCGUCGAUUUUGGAAGUAGAUGACAACAUGGGCCAUACAUUUAUUCAGUUUGAGCCUGCUCCAAGGCGGGGUGAACCAGACGUGACGAGAAGAACGCCAGACUAUUUCUUGUAACUGGAGCUCUAAGAUUCACCUUAGAAUUCUUUUUGCUGAGAGGCCCAGCGAUUCCCGACACCUCGACAGCGGCCGCGGCGUGCAGCUCAAAAACAAGACCACGGGAAGUUUUAAGUGCCUCGAUACACCUAGUGUGCUCAAAGAAUAGAUAAGCCCCCCUCCAUAUCUGCCGGCUUCCAUUCGUUCUUCUCUUGCUAUCUGUAAUACUAAGUAGUCUUGGUUGA